CACGUGAGAUUACAUUUGCAGGAAGCUGAAAGACUUCUUUGUCAUAAUCUGUUCCGCCCGUACAUCUCCCCUCAUCUGACAAGAUGGUAUUUCGGAAACCACCAGAUGGUGGCUGGGGCUGGGUGAUUGUUGUUGUUUCCUUCUUUACUCAGUUCUUGUGUUACGGAUCACCGCUGGCGGUGGGAGUCUUGUAUUUGGAAUGGCUGGAUACUUUUGGAGAAGGGAAAGGCAAGACUGCUUGGGUUGGAUCACUAGCAAAUGGAAUCGGAUUGCUUGCCAGUCCUGUCUGCAGUAUAUGUGUAUCAUCUUUUGGAGCAAGACCAGUAGCAAUCUUCAGUGGCUUUAUGGUGGCCGGAGGCCUCAUGAUGAGCAGUUUUGCACCUAACAUAUACUUUCUCUAUAUUUCAUAUGGGAUUGUUGUUGGUCUUGGAUGUGGCCUUUUGUACACCGCAACAGUUACCAUCACUUGCCACUAUUUUGACAAACGCAGAGGCCUUGCGCUUGGUCUGAUUUCAACAGGUUCAAGUGUUGGGCUCUUUAUAUAUGCAGCAUUGCAAAGAGAGCUUAUUGAUCUAUAUGGACUGGAUGGUUGUCUGCUAAUAGUUGGCGCGCUGUCUCUAAAUAUAUUAGCGUGUGGCAGCCUAAUGAGACCAUUGGAGUCAUCUGAUUCCCCUCCACCAGAGAAAACAUGUGUAGACAAAGUCCCAGAUCAAUAUUUUGUUUACCAUGAAAAAGAAAAGACUGUUGAAGAAAAUAUAAGCAUCCUUGAAAAGGGCUACGUUGAUGAAAAAUGUGUGAACAAUAUGCCUGAUUACAAACAGGAUAGUGUUUUAAAUAAGAAUGUAUUAAGCUCAAUAAAUGUAAAUGAGAAAGACACUUACAAAAAGAAAGUUGUAGAACAGACAAACCUCUGCAAGCAACUCGCCAAAAGGAAAUGGCAGCUCUAUUUGAACUACUGGGAGGAAACCAUGGUUCUUUUUAAGAACAAAGUAUUUUCAGCUCUCUUUGUUGCCAUCUUGCUCUUUGAUAUUGGUGGAUUUCCUCCCUCUUUGCUCAUGGAAGAUGUAGCAAGAAGUGCAAACAUUAAUGAAGAUGAUUAUCACAUGCCCCUUAUUUCCAUUAUAGGCAUUAUGACCACUGUUGGCAAACUUACUUUAGGAAUACUGGCAGAUUUUAAGUGGGUUAACACUUUAUAUCUAUACGUAACUACCUUACUUAUGACAGGCAUGGCCUUGUUUGCAAUUCCAUUUGCCAAAAGUUACCUUACGUUAGCGAUGCUUUCUGGGACUUUGGGUUUUCUGACUGGGAACUGGUCAAUUUUUCCAUAUGUGACAACAAAGACUGUGGGAAUUGAUAAACUGACUCACGCUUAUGGGAUAUUGAUGUUCUUUGCUGGACUUGGAAAUAGCUUCGGACCACCAAUCGUAGGUUGGUUUUACGACUGGACGCAGGAGUAUGACACUGCGUUCUAUUUCAGUGGCUUUUGUGUCUUACUGGGUGGAUUUCUUCUGCUGUUGGCAGCAUUACCCUGCUGGAAUGCCUGUGCCAGUCAGAGCUCAAAGCUGCCUCCAAACACUUACUCCUACAAAGUUGCAUCUAGCGCUUAGGUGACAACUGGAAAACACUUCACGCUUUUUUAUAAUACAUAGCAAAGUAUUUUAGGAAUUUUCCACUUAUUUAUGAAGUCCAAAAGUACUCUUCCUCUAGAAAAAUUCCAUUGUUGCUGGUUGUUCAGUUCCUUUUUCUUCUUUUAUUUCUUUUUUAAUUUUAUUUUUAAGAACAGUCUCAUUUUGUCUACUAUGCACUGUGUUUUCAGCCUUUGUCUACUGUAAUUUCCUUUCACCCUGUAAGGGAUAUAUUCUGCUGUAUUAUCAGCUGUACUUUUUUU